UCAAACAAAACCAACAAGUCGAACAAACCCAACAAGUCCAACAAACCCAACAAGUCCAACAAACCCAACAAGUCGAACAAACUCAACAAACCAAACAAGUCAAACAAAACCAACAAGUCCAACAAGCCAAACAAAUCCAACAAGUCAAACAAAACCUACAAGCCCAACAAACCCAACAAGUCCAACAAACCCAACAAACCAAACAAGUCAAACAAGUCAAACAAAACCAACAAAGCCAACAAACCAAACAAGUCAAACAAAACCAACAAGCCAAACAAAUCCAACAAGUCAAAAAAAACCAACAAGUCCAACAAACCCAACAAGUCCAACAAACCCAACAAGUCCAACAAACCCAAAAGGUCCAACAAACCCAACAAGUCCAACAAACCCAACAAGUCCAAGAAGUCAAACAAAACCAACAAACCCAACAAGUCCAACAAACUCAACAAACCAAACAAGUCAAACAAAAGCAACAAGUCCAACAAGCCAAACAAAUCCAGCAAGUCAAACAAAACCAACAAGCGCAACAAACCCAACAAGUCCAACAAACCCAACAAGUCCAACAAACCCAACAAACCAACAAAACCAACAAGUCAAACAAAACCAACAAGUCAAAUAAAAUCAACAAACCCAACAAGUCCAACAAGCAAAACAAAUCCAACAAGUCAAACAAAACCAACAAGUCCAACAAACCAACAAGUCCAACAAACCAACAAGUCCAACAAACCCAACAAGUCCAACAAACCCAACAAGUCAAACAAAUCCAACAAGUCAAACAAAACCAACAAGUCCAACAAACCCAACAAACCAAACAAGUCAAACAAAACCAACAAGCCAAACAAAUCCAACAAACCAAACAAAACCAACAAGCGCAACAAACCCAACAAGUCCAACAAACCCAACAAGUCCAACAAAUCAAAGAAGUCCAACAAGUCAAACAAAACCAACAAACCCAACAAACCAAACAAGUCAAACAAAACCAACUAGCCAAACAAAUCCAACAAGUCAAACAAAACCAACAAGUCCAACAAACCCAACAAGUCCAACAAACCCAACAAGUCCAACAAACCCAACAAGUCCAACAAACCCAACAAGUCCUAGAG